ACGAGGAGAAUCCCACGUGAAUCUGUCCAAAAUUUUAUGACCCAGGGUUAAAUUUAGUACAGGAACCAAGUUCCUUGAUCCUUUUCUCCGAAAAUAUGAGCUCCUGAUUUGGUGGGUAGUUGAGGACGAGAGGCCCUUCUUCCCCUCCACCAACCCCAACAACACCCGAUCGCCAUCCGAAAAUCUGCCAUUGACCUGAAGCGAGGAAGCCCCCCCAACCCAUUUUUGGCUGUUGGGUCCCGAGUUUUUCCACCUCUGCUUUUGGUUCCCCGCUCAUAAGGGGAAAAGGGAGGGGCAGGGUCGAUUCAAGAUCUUUCUUUCGACCCUUUUGCGAAUUUACUUGCUUUUUGUCUCCCUCCCUCUGGGUGGAAGCGAAAGAGCGAGAUGGGGGGAGAGGGCAAGGUGUACACUUUGGCUCAGGUUUCCGAGCACAACACGUCCAAGGACUGUUGGCUUGUCAUCGAUGGCAAGGUCUAUGAUGUGACUAAAUUUAUGGAAGAUCAUCCUGGUGGUGACGAGGUCUUGCUCUCCUCCACAGGGAAGGAUGCGACUGAUGAUUUCGAGGAUGUGGGUCAUAGUAGCAGUGCCAGAGCAAUGAUGGAUGAUUUCUAUGUUGGCGAGAUUGAUGCAUCGACGAUUCCUGCUAGGACCAAGUACACUCCUCCGAAGCAGCCUCAAUACAACCCUGACAAAACUCCAGAGUUCGUCAUUAAGCUACUGCAGUUUUUGGUCCCCUUGCUGAUAUUGGGAUUGGCUUUUGGCGUUCGCUUCUACACAAAAUCUGCUUGAAGAUGACAGCCUACGGCCAAAUUGGAAAAGAUUCUUACAGAAAGUCGCUUGCUCUCUUCGAACUUGGAUUCGUGUGCUUUCGGUUGAUGUAAGACAUCUGGUGUUUUCAUAAUUUCAUUGUCAUCAUGCUCCUCGUUGGUUAUCUCCUGUCAGGAGCUUAUUGGUCUGUUCCUUGGUACCGCUUGUUUGAAAGAUCUUUUCGCCCUGCACUGGCUUUGUGAAAGCUGGUGAUAUAUUCAGAGACUUGAUCAAGCCCCAUGCGUAGGAGCGUACGAGUGAAACCUUAUGGGUGAAA